AGGGAGAGAGAGAGGGAGAGAGAGAGAGAGAUGGAGGGAGAGAGGAAUGGGAGUUCAGAGGCAUUUAUGAAGAUCCCAGAGAUAAAGUUCAAGAAGCUGUUCAUCAAUGGAGAGUUUGUGGAUUCCAUUUCAGGGAAAACAUUUGAGACAAUAGAUCCAAGAACAGGAGAGGUGAUAGCAAAGAUUGCUGAAGGUGAGAAAGAAGACGUUGAUCUAGCUGUUAAAGCUGCUCGAGAAGCUUUCGACUAUGGUCCUUGGCCUCGUUUAUCUGGCUCAGCAAGGGCAAAGAUACUUAUGAAACUGGCAAAUCUAAUCGACGAAAAUGCCGAGGAGCUAGCCGCCUUGGACACCAUUGACGCCGGGAAGUUGUUUAGCCGGGGCAUGGACAGGGACAUUCCGGCAGCAGCAGAUCUUCUACGUUACUACGCCGGCGCUGCUGACAAGAUUCACGGCGAGACGCUAAAGAUGUCUGGCGAGUUUCAAGCCUACACCCUGUUGGAGCCUGUCGGCGUCGUCGGCCACAUCAUUCCCUGGAACUUCCCAACUUCCCUCUUCUUCAUGAAGGUUAGCCCAGCCCUAGCCGCUGGCUGCACCAUGAUUGUCAAGCCCGCCGAGCAGACUCCUCUUUCAGCUCUCUACCAUGCUCAUCUAGCUAAACAGGCAGGUAUUCCUAAUGGCGUGUUGAAUGUUAUAACGGGUUUUGGACCAACAGCUGGUGCUGCCAUCGCCUCUCACAUGGACGUUGAUAAAGUAAGCUUUACAGGAUCGACAGAAGUGGGACGUCUUGUAAUGCAAGCUGCAGCCACGACCAAUUUAAAGCAAAUCUCACUUGAAUUGGGAGGGAAGUCACCGCUCAUCAUUUUUGAUGAUGCAGAUGUUGAUAAAGCAGCAGAUCUUGCUCUACUAGGCAUUCUACAUAACAAGGGUGAAGUUUGUGUUGCUGGUUCGAGAGUGUUAGUUCAAGAAGGGAUUUAUGAUGAACUUGUGAAGAAGUUGUUGGAAAAGGCAAAGACUUGGGUGGUUGGGGACCCCUUUGAUCCUUCUGUUCGACAAGGGCCUCAGGUAGAUAAGACUCAAUUUGAGAAAAUACUUUCAUACAUUGAGCAUGGCAAGAGGGAAGGGGCCACCCUUCUAACUGGUGGGGAGCGCUAUGGCGAGAAAGGAUACUAUAUAAAGCCAACAAUUUUCAGUAAUGUUAUGGAUGAUAUGCUAAUUGCAAGGGAUGAGAUAUUUGGCCCUGUCAUGUCACUAAUGAAGUUCAAGACAGUAGAAGAGGCAAUAAAGAGAGCCAAUGACACAAGAUAUGGGCUGGCAGCAGGCAUAGUGACCAACAAUCUGAAUAUUGCCAACACAGUUUCAAGAUCAGUGAAGGCUGGAAUCAUUUGGAUCAACUGUUACUUUGCUUUUGACAAAGACUGCCCAUAUGGAGGUUACAAGAUGAGUGGCUUUGGGAGAGAUAUGGGUCUACAUGCUCUUCACAAGUAUCUUCAUGUCAAGUCUGUGGUUACUCCCAUUUACAACUCACCCUGGCUCUGAAUGCAUUUGCUGGCUUUGCCAUGCAACAAACAUGGAGGGUAAACAAUAAUGAUGAAUAAAGACAAAAAGUUCCUUCUUGUCAUAACUGUCAAUGUCAUAUCAAGUAUCGAAUUUAGUUUUAAUGUUUUGAUGAAGAAAGGUCUAGGCCAAGCCUGCACUUAAGUCAUGCUGUGAUAUUUAGUCACAAUAUGAGAGAACUUUGCUUCAAGCCCGGGAAAAGAAGAAGCUACCCUUGGGUUCUUUUAAGUUAGGCUAGGCAAGUUCUUUUACUUAUUUAUUUUCAUUUUUUUAAGAAGGAAUUAAACUAAGUUCGGUUAGUUUCCCUUUUGCUGGACUGGUGAGAUAAAGAUAAUACAGUUUUAGGCUGAGACAUAUUCAGGAAAAAAGGCAUCUUCUCUCGUACUGUUUGGGCAUGCAGGGUCUAUCAUACAAAGUUCUUUUCCACUCUCAACCUGUUGUCCUAUCAAUAAAAACUUCUAAUUGUCUUUCUUUGUGA